UUAAGCAAGCAAGCUCUUCUUUUUAUUUCGUCCUUUCUAUUUUUAAAGGAGCAUUCUGGUCUUCUCCACACACACCUGAAUACAAAUCAUCAUACAGCAUCUCUCACGCUGUUCUGCAAUCUCUCUGCUUAUUAGGAAAAUAUUUUGUUCACAUGGCGACUAGAAUGGCUGCUAGAUACAUCUCACGCAGGCUAUCAAGUGGCGGCAAAGUCCUCAGUGAGGAGGAGAAGGCUGCUGAAAAUGUGUACAUUAAGAAAAUGGAACAAGAGAAGCUGGAGAAGCUUGCUCGGAAGGGCCCCGCAUCAAGUGAAACUCCAGCAGCAGGAAGCUCAGGAUCUGUAGCUGAUGCUAAACCAAGUGGUGGUGGCUCCUCUGAAACUCCUAAUGUUUCAACUGACAAGCACAGAAACUAUGGUGUUGUUGCCGGUAUUGUUACCGUGGCUGCUGCAGUUGGAUGGUAUAUGGGUUCGAAGAAGAAACCCGAAGAAGUGCAUGACUGAGAAGAUAUCUCAAGAGUGAGAGCAGUAUGUUGAGUGUUGACGCAAUAAUAUCAAACAAACUCCAUUUCAUUUUGUUUCAUAAGCAACUCCAAAAUACAGAAUUUGGCUCGGCUGCUUGCUUGCAACACGUUAUUUUUAGCUUAAAUGAAAUGGCUUUAUCUUGCUCGUUUCAA